AUGGGAUCACAAGCACCCCAAGUUUUUUCACAGCCUCGCAUCCCCAAAUCAGGUGUCUGGUGUCCGGCAGUGACCAUCUUCGAUCCAGUCACUGAUACCCUGGACCUCGAAUCACAGAAGAAAUACUAUGCAUACCUGUCGCGCAGUGGCUUGGCUGGCCUGGUCAUCAUGGGCACAAACUCCGAGGCUUUCCUCUUGACACGCGAGGAGCGUUCACAGUUGAUUGCAACUGCGCGCGAAGCAGUUGGACCCGACUACCCUCUCAUGGCUGGCGUGGGUACACACUCCACCAAGCAAACCCUCGAGCUAGCACAUGAUGCAGCAGCUGCCGGCGCCAACUAUCUGUUAGUUCUGCCGUCGGCCUACUUCGGCAAAGCAACCAAUAUGAAUGUCGUCAAGCGCUUUUUCGCAGACGUGGCACGGCAAAGCCCCUUACCUGUGCUCAUUUAUAACUUCCCGGGGGUCUGCAACGGGGUAGACAUUGACUCGGAGACCAUCACAGAGAUCGUCCGGGAAUCCGCCGCCGCUAGCCCUAAUGGAGUCUCGAACAUUGUCGGCGUCAAAUUGACAUGCGGUUCAGUGGGCAAAAUCACACGCCUCGCUGCGACAUUCAGCCCGACCGAGUUUGCAAUCUUUGGAGGACAGUCGGAUUUCCUCAUCGCUGGCCUAACGGUUGGCUCUGCUGGGUGCAUCUCCGCCUUCGCCAAUGUCUUCCCGAAGACUGCCUCGAAGGUGUAUGAACUUUUCACUGCUGGGAAGCUGGCUGAAGCCAUGGAGCUGCAGCGGGCCUCGGCGCUAGCUGAGACACCUUGCAAGGGUGGGAUCGCAUCGACGAAAUAUGCGGUGGCGUUGUAUUCGGCACCAGCAGCGGGGAUCGACAAAGCGCUGGAGCGACUCAAGCCACGCACACCGUACGAGGAGGCCGGGGACGCGGUUAAGAGGACGGUGGAGGAGCUGAUGGGGGCGGUAGCUGUGACCGAGAAAGCAUUAUAA